AUUUAGUUAAUGGCAAAAACUGAACAGAGCUACAUGAAAAGAAUUCAGUCAACAAGUAGAUGUUAAAGAAUACACAUUCUUAAAGAAAAAUUUUCGGUACUUGUCUUUACCACUUGCGCUGUUAGACUUUCCAAAUAAUUAACUAAUCGAAAUGAUUUUGAGGCCAUUCUUCGUUGCACUCAGCUGUAUUUUCGUGCUGCAGACGAUCACAGCCACCGCACCGGCGCUCACUGCGAAGCUCGCCAGCGAUCGCUUUGCCUUGACGCUCAGCACGGCGUUGGGUCUGCAAUCACCUGCGCAGAAUGUGCUCCUUUCGCCCGUGCUCGUGCAGGCGUUACUCACGCUGCUCACGUACGGCACCAACGAACAGGAGGCUGCCGCACUACGCGCCGCCUUGCAUUUGUCGCAAACGGAGCGCAAGCCCACUGCCACACUGAAUAUGUCACUGCUAUUGGGUUCGGUGAAGACACAAGCUCAAGCGAAAGCGCGCCUGCUGAGCGCCAUCUAUGUGCAGGAACAUGUAUUAUUCAAAUUUCAAGAUGAGUUCGUGGAAAUGGCAAAGCAUUUCGAAACACCAACUCAAAUGGUCGAUUUCAAUCGUAAAAGCGUUGAUGAGCUCAACUAUUGGUUCCUGCAACAGUCCAACUACAGUUGCGGUGAGGUGGUCAGCCCUAAAUUGGCCGAAUUGCGUGAACGCUUUGUCUUGGCCUCUGCGGCGGUAUUUCACGCGCCAUGGGCGGUGGGUUUCAAUGUAAAGGAGACGGAGAAAUUGAAUUUCUUUACCGAUCGCGUGCAACAUAAAUUAGUCGAUUGCAUGUUUGUGACCCACAAAUUUCGCUAUGCCGAUUUGACACAUUUGGAUGCCAAGCUGGUGGAGUUGCCAUAUGCGAAUGAGACACUGAAAUUGUGGCUGCUUUUGCCCAAUCAAAUGGAUGGUUUGGGAAAACUCGAAGUGCAACUCUUGCAUGAAGAUCUCACCAAGCUCGAGGCGCAAUUGAGCGAGCAGAAAAUCGUUCUGACGUUGCCGAAAUUUCGCGUCGAAUAUGAUGUGGAUCUGAAAAGCGCUUUGAGUGCGUUGGGCUUCGCACGCAUUUUCGAUGGCGAAACGAAAUUCACACACAUGUUCUCCUCGUUUUUCAAUACACGCUCACCAGCUGUGACGAAUGUGCCACAUAAAGCGAUCUGGCGCGUAGAUGAGUACGGCGGUGCGCCGACUGCUGAAGAUGAAUUUUCACUAAGCGGUUUUUUUAGACGCCCCAUGCAGCUAGUCGUGAAUCAUCCGUUUUACUUCAUAAUCAAAUCUGAGGUAGCCGUUCUAAUGGCUGGACACAUUGUGAAUGUUUGAGUAAAACAAAUGAGAAGAAAUAAUAAAUUUAAAAUUUCAUAUUUUAAAAAUAAUGGAAAAGGUCUAAUAAAGAACUUAAGUUCCAAUACUUGUCGUUAAACACAAUAAACUACACAACUUGACAAUUUAUUUUG